AGUGAAGUUUCCAGCAACAUAUCAGUAAUGAAGCAUCAUCUGUUUGUACUCCUGCUUUUCACAGGAGUUCUCCCCCUUGUCCUGCCUCUAUCUCGUAAGUACUAUCUGAUCAAGGAGGGAAAAACAUGGAGUGAAGCUCAGGCUUACUGUCAAGCCAACUACACUGACUUGGCGGUCAUCAAAAGUAACACUGAGAUGGUCAAUCUUCAGAGUGUAGCACAGGCACAAUACUUUUCAUCCAGUGCUUGGAUUGGAAUGUACACUAACAUCAACAAAUGGUACUGGACCUUUGGAAAUGAGUCAGUGGGAGGUUUUACUCCCUGGACCCCUGGGGAACCUAACAACUUGUAUGGAAACGAAGUGUGUGGCUUCAUAGGUGCAGCGAAAUGGUUUGAUGCCCCGUGCAGCUGGUUGUUACAUUUUUUGUGUUUUGAUGACAGGGAGAAUGCUACAGAAAGGUACAUUUUAAUUACUCAGGUUAAAACGUGGUAUGAUGCUCAGAGCUACUGUAGGCAGCAUUAUACAGACCUGGCCAGUGCAAGAAAUGCAACAGAAAACUCUAUUGUUGGGGCAAUGAACUAUUGGGCCUGGAUUUGGAUUGGCCUUGUGAGAGACCCCUGGUAUUGGACAGACCAGACCACCGAUGUGUCCGUAAUUCAGUGGUCGCCUGGAAACGCUGAUGAUUAUCUGAAGAAUAAAAGUUGUGUCUAUUUAAAUGGUGGUCUGGCUGAUGUAGAACAGUGCUCAAACAUACUGCCUUUCUUCUGUUACUUAUUCCCAACACAGCAGAAGAUCAUAAGAAUGAAGUUGAAGUCCAGUCAGGAUGUGAAUGAUCCUACAAUAAUGACAGCCAUCGAGGAGAAGCUCAAGCAGAAACUGAAGGAUUAUGGAAUGGCUGAGAACAUCACUGUGACAUGGAGAAAGCAACCAGAUGGAGUGGUGUUUCACAAGGAGGAGGAAAACAUUACUGCAGUGACUAACUAGGGAGACUUGUGAUCUCUAAAUCUCAAAUAGUGUAUAUUCUGUAGUGCACUGAUCACUUUUAGUUUGAGGACACAGAGUGUGUGUAAUAUUUUAGAGUUCUUAAAUAGAACUUUUACUAGUAAAAGAUCCCUGAGUUACUAAAGUCUGUGUAAAUGCUGUCACAAAAACAUAAGUGUACAUUACAACAUUGCAUUAGCCUGUAAGAUAGAUAGUCGGUUUAGUUUUGGUUUCUUUCUGUUGUUUUAAAUGUUUUUAAAGGUGCUGUUCAAAUGAAAAUUUUAAGUUAUGUGUAAUAAAAUUGAAUGACACAACAGAAAAGGCAUUGAAAACAUGAAGAAAGUGAGGGGCAAAAAGGUAUGGAAAGCCAA